UCUUGAAGAUUUGAUGUUACGGAUUUUGAUUGGAGCUUACUGCAUGGUGUGUGUAUGUGAGGUUCCUCAGGAUGGAGAAUUCGACAUUCCUUUUCCUCAUGACCUUGAAGUCUGCAGUGUUUGCAAUAUCUUGCUUGGCCUUGUCUUGUUUGUUGUGGCCAAAUCUACUGUUAGCGAUUUUCCAACUGCUGUUGCAAUGGAAAAAACAGUCUCUUUAACAAAGAAAUUUGGAGGCAGUUCAGGAAAGCUUAUCCACGCUACUACACAUGAGGUCUCUUCCUUUGGAUUGAACCAUGGAUUCUAUAUGAAAGAUCUCAUUUGGCAAUAUCUAUCAUGUACUUUUAGAUAGUAGACAGGGGUAGACAUCAUUUUAACAUAGUCUUCUAGAAAGUUUAGACGAAUCAGAAUAUGUCUUUCAUCAAGUACUCCUAUGAUUGGUACUCCUUUAAUUCCACACUGUAUUGGAAUUACUCUCCUUAGUUCUUUAAUAUCAAUGUUGUCAUAUGAAAACUUACCUACCACUGCAUAUUGUAGUUUCUCCUUUUCAAUCAUUUGUUGUAUCUCAUUUGAUUUCCAGGCAAUAAAAGGCUCCCCAUUGCUGUA